AUGAAACUAUUCGGAGUUUUUCUGGGUUUUGUAGCUCUAACAGGAGCAACUGGCGUGGACUUUGAGCAGGAAAAAAUCCGAACAGCUCUACCCUGGCUUUACCUUCUGGCAUAUCCCGGAGUCAUAUCACAGGUUCCCAUCCUGAGACCGCAAGAUGAGAUAUUAGCCAGUACAAGCAGUGAUAUUAUGAAGCAGCCGCAGUCCGAUGAGAUGGGUAACCCUGAACAAUCGAGCAAUUUGGUACGCGAGCAGUUUAUUCAAGGAAUUCUUCAAGGGUUACAGCAGCCAGGUGCUCAAGCCGGAACUCCCACAAUUUCACCCGCUGUGCUGGCAGACUUCAUCGCCCAGGUAACAACUACCACACAAAAACCAGCGGUGGAGAAAGAUGUCAAUGGACCCGACAACGAUGAAGAUUAUGACUACAUAGACUUUAAAAAUGGAUCUCGCAUCAAAUACGAAUUGGAUGAUGUUGAUCAGCCAGUAAACAAAAUUCUCCACCAAACUACAAGACGACCGGCUGUAACCCGAACCGAAAGCCCUUCCAGCGUUCUUUAUUAUAGACCAACAAGAACCGUAUUUUAUAGACCUAUAUACAGGCCUGCUUCGUAUUCCCACCGAGUUGGAUAUAUAAAUAACUAA